GUCAGGUGACCGCGCCACGGCCUCGCGCAGGGAACUGGCGGCGGGGCAAGAUGGCGGCUCACUUGUCCUAUGGGCGAGUGAACCUGAAUGUGCUGCGUGAGGCGGUGCGUCGCGAGCUGCGCGAAUUCUUGGACAAGUGCGCGGGAAGCAAGGCAAUAGUUUGGGAUGAGUACCUAACAGGACCAUUUGGCCUGAUUGCACAGUAUUCACUACUGAAGGAACAUGAAGUGGAAAAAAUGUUCACACUUAAAGGAAGUCGUUUGCCAGCAGCUGAUGUCAAGAAUAUUAUUUUUUUUGUCAGACCCAGGCUCGAACUGAUGGAUAUAAUUGCUGAAAAUGUGCUCAGUGAAGACAGACGUGGCCCAGUAAGAGAUUUCCACAUUCUGUUUGUGCCACGCCGUAGCUUGCUGUGUGAACAACGGCUGAAGGACUUGGGUGUUUUGGGAUCCUUCAUCCACAGGGAAGAGUACAGUUUAGAUCUCAUCCCAUUUGAUGGGGAUCUCCUGUCCAUGGAGUCUGAGGGUGCAUUCAAAGAGUGCUACCUGGAGGGCGACCAGACAAGCCUGUACCAUGCGGCCAAGGGGCUGAUGACCCUGCAAGCUCUGUAUGGAACAAUCCCCCAGAUCUUCGGGAAAGGGGAGUGCGCCCGGCAAGUGGCCAACAUGAUGAUCAGGAUGAAGAGAGAAUUUACAGGAAGCCAGAAUUCAAUCUUUCCUGUUUUUGAUAACCUCUUGUUGCUUGAUCGAAAUGUGGAUUUAUUGACACCUCUGGCUACUCAGCUCACAUAUGAAGGACUCAUUGAUGAAAUUUAUGGCAUUCAGAACAGUUACGUGAAGUUACCCCCGGAGAAAUUCGUGCCGAAGAAGCAGGGUGAUGGGGGGAAGGAGCUGCCCACGGAGGCGAAGAAGCUGCAGCUCAAUUCCGCAGAGGAGCUCUACGCCGAGAUCCGAGACAAGAACUUCAAUGCAGUGGGCUCCGUGCUCAGCAAGAAGGCGAAGAUCAUCUCUGCAGCCUUUGAGGAGAGGCACAACGCCAAGACGGUGGGGGAGAUCAAGCAGUUCGUGUCCCAGCUGCCCCACAUGCAGGCAGCCCGGGGCUCACUCGCAAACCACACCUCAAUUGCAGAGUUGAUCAAAGAUGUGACCACUUCUGAAGACUUCUUUGAUAAAUUAACAGUGGAACAGGAGUUUAUGUCUGGAAUAGACACUGAUAAGGUCAACAAUUACAUCGAGGACUGUAUAGCCCAGAAGCACCCACUGAUCAAAGUGUUAAGGCUAGUUUGCCUCCAGUCCGUGUGCAAUAGUGGACUCAAACAGAAAGUUUUGGAUUAUUACAAAAGAGAGAUUCUCCAGACCUACGGCUACGAGCACAUCCUGACCUUGCACAACCUUGAGAAGGCUGGCCUGCUGAAGCCACAGACCGGGGGCAGGAACAGUUGUCCAACGAUUCGGAAAACGCUCCGCCUCUGGGUGGAUGAUGUUAACGAGCAGAACCCCACGGACAUAUCCUACGUGUACAGUGGUUAUGCACCGCUCAGUGUGCGACUGGCCCAGCUGCUGUCCCGGCCCGGCUGGCGGAGCAUUGAGGAAGUCCUCCGCAUACUCCCGGGGCCCCACUUUGAGGAACGUCAGCCACUGCCCACAGGGCUGCAGAAGAAACGGCAACCAGGAGAAAACCGAGUCACUCUGAUAUUUUUCCUCGGGGGUGUAACCUUUGCUGAAAUUGCUGCCCUGCGGUUUCUGUCCCAGCUGGACGAUGGUGGUACCGAGUAUGUCAUCGCCACCACUAAACUAAUGAACGGAACCAGCUGGAUAGAAGGUCUGAUGGAAAAACCUUUCUAGGGUGAGCAAAGACUCGACAGGUGCACUGCAGAACAGACUGCUUUGAAGAAGUUGCUAAAAGGAAGGAAGAAGAAACAAUAUUGAAGUCAAAACAUCACUUUGGGGUCUGUUUCUUACACUGCUGUUUUCUCCUUCCUGCUUCUCUUUCGUGUUCUUAAUUACUUGAGGAAGAAGAGAAGGACCAACCUGGGUAGAAGAGACAUUGGUUUUGAGUUUUCUAAGCUCAGGAUCUUCAUUAGAGUCCUCUGAGAAUACAGCAAGGACCUUGGGGAUGGAAAAUCCUUAGAACCUCACAAAUGGAGACAAGUCUUACAAUAGGAAAGCAGAGACUGAGGAGGUAAAGACAAAAAAUAAAAGUGGAAAGUCCAACCCCUA